UAAAGAGAAACCUUAAGAUGGGAGUACCAGCAUUCUUCCGCUGGUUGAGUAGAAAGUACCCCAGUGUCAUAGUGGAAUGUAUUGAACAGAGGCCUACCGAUGUCGAUGGCGAGCUCGUAUACAUAGACUCAUCCCUCCCAAACCCCAAUGGGGUUGAGUUUGACAACUUAUACCUGGACAUGAACGGGAUCAUCCAUCCCUGUACACAUCAGGAUAAGCCACCCCCAAAGGACGAGGAUGAGAUGAUGGUGGCUAUCUUCGAGUGCAUCGACAGGCUGUUCAGGAUUGUGAGGCCCAGGAAACUGCUGUACAUGGCUAUUGAUGGAGUUGCACCAAGAGCAAAAAUGAACCAGCAAAGGUCCCGUCGUUUCCGUGCGUCUAAGGAAACGCAGGAAAAAAUUGAUGAGAUAGCCCGCAUUCGAUCGGAGCUGCUCGCUAAGGGCGCAUACCUGCCGCAGAGGCCCAAGGAGGCGCACUUCGACUCCAACUGCAUCACACCCGGGACACCCUUCAUGGACAGGCUCAGCAAGUGCCUACAUUAUUAUAUACAUGACAGAUUAAACAAUGACCCAGGCUGGAAAGGCAUCAAGGUGAUACUCUCUGAUGCUAAUGUCCCCGGUGAAGGAGAACACAAGAUUAUGGAUUAUAUCAGGAGGCAGAGAGUGCAGCCGGAGCAGCCGAACACGCAGCACGUGUUGUGCGGCGCCGACGCCGACCUCAUCAUGCUGGGGCUGGCCACGCACGAGCCAACUUCACCAUCAUCCGGGGAGGAGUUCAAACCCAACAAGCCGAGCCCGUGUGACGUGUGCGGACAACUAGGUCAGAGACAGUAG